CGGGCGAAACCAACGACGCCACCCAAACCGGCAAACCACCGCCUCCUCUCCUCGCCCCUCCCCUCCCCGCCCGCCCCCGCCUCCCUCCCGCGGGCCGCGCUCGCGUCCCUUUCGCCGGUCGCCGACACGUUCCCGCUCCCACUUCCCGCCGCUUCAGCCGCCGACUCAACCGCGCCUUUCGGGUCGUUCCGCGGGUUCCGUUCGCGCGCGCUGCGGUUCCGGGACUUCCGGCCCCGGCCGCUUUGCUGUGGAGCGAGUCCUGUUGCGGGGUGCGGGCGCCGUUCCCGCGCGUUCAGAGGUGGGGGUUGAGGGAGGAGAGGUCCCCGGCGACCGUCCAUGGCGGAGAGGCGGCCGAUCUACAGGGAGCCCGGCAAGCCCCGGCGGCCCCCGCGCUCUCACGGUGGGGGAAAUUUCUCAGUUCCACUGUGGGAGAAGAAAUUUUGCACUGAUGCUUGCGCCAUCCCCUGGGGUAAACUGUGCGAGACAAAGAGAUUGAUGUCUCUGUACACAAAUGUUGUGGAUUGGGAGGACUCAGCUGCAUUAGAAGCCUUCAAUGAUGCAAAGGCGCGCUUCUGUGCUGUAUAUCAUGGUCAACAUUGUGAUAUCCCUUUGCCUGACCCAGACAUGUUUAUCGAUAUAGUUAACCCAGAUGAAUAUGUUGAUCCUGAAUUGGUGGCUGAUCUGGAGAAGUCGCGCCGUUGUGCUCCCAGAAAAGAUAAUGGUAUUCCUGAUGUCUGGGACUCCUUUAUUUUCUCAGACAAGCCAGUUCCAGUUACAGGAUGGGGUGACACCGAGACAAGCAAUACUGCUGGUCAGCAGCUCUCUGUAAACUGGGACAGUCAUUUGGAACAGCCCAUCGAAGCAAAUUGUAAGCAGACCUCUGGAAAUUGGGACUGUUACGUUGAGCAGCCCGCUCAAACAAUUGUUCAGCAAAGCUCAGGCAAUUGGGACGUGUUUGAGGAACAGCAAGGUCAAACAAGCAGGUGGAGGGAGGAGACCAAUCCCUGCAUCGCCAACUGGAACAUGAGAGAUGGCUACCAGGAUACAUGGAAACAUGAUUCCGGCUGGGGUUCCGCAGCCACUCAUACUGAUCCAUGGGACAACCAUCAAGACAGCUAUGAUGUGCCUGACAGCCAGGGCGUGUCAUAUGGACACUGGACUCACUGGCGAAGGCGAAACAAUGAGUCAGGCAGAAGGAACAUCAAGAAUAGAGAGAGAGGAGGCCCCAUCAGCGCAAAGCCAAUGAAAUCAAAGUACCAGGCAGAUGAGCACAGUGGUACAAAUAAUGGCUGGAGGCACUGCCGAGUAAGAAAUGAGAUGCAUUAUUACUCCUAUGAGCAGGCUGGUUAUGCCAAGCAGUCGCUAGCUAUGUGAUUAAGAAGCUAUUGGGGUUUGCAGCAUUGAGAGAAGAUGCCAAGGUACCCCGUACCCCUCUGCUGGCACUUCUCCUGGAGGUGUCAUUUAUUUUACACCAGGAAUAGUAAUGGUGGACAUCUUCGGAUAAGGUAGAGUAGAGCUUGCAGGUCAUCCUGUAGGUUAUGUUCCCUCCUUGAAGCUGCUGUAGAUAGUACUGACUACCAGCCUAGUGACAGUUUUGUUGAGCCAUUGGCGCCCGUCUCGUGUGUGCGUGUGUAUAUACGUGUCGAGCUCCGUAGCUUUUGUUUACUGGCUGUACUGCCGCUUCAGUGUUGCAGUAGUGAAAAAUGAGGAUGAUGCCUAUUUAAUUUAUAUCUUCCGAGUUGUGAACAAAUGUCUUGACUGAUUUGUAAGCCAGGAUGUUCUGUUCGUAGUGGCAGGAAUAAAGGCUUGAUAACCUGUCUUGUUCAGCUAUC